GGCAACCCCGGCCUCCACUUCGCGUGCUAAUACACACGCGGCACGCUUACGCCUACCGCGCAGGCAGGCAGUGGCACUCGGAGCGCAGCCACUGUCGUUCCACCAGGCAUGGCACAGGGCUCUUCUACUUCAUUAUGGCAGCAGCGCGACACAGCACUCUCGACUUCACGCUCAGCGCCACAGCUGAUUGUAAUGCCAUUUUUAAAGGUCUACAGUCCAUCUUCCAAAAGGAGGGAAUGACAGAGACUGUUCAUAACUGGGAAAAUCAUGGUUACCUAGCAACAUAUGUCAAUAAAAAUGGCUGCUUUGCGAAUCUGAGAAUUUAUCCUCAUGGUUUGGUUUUGGUCGAUGUACAGAGUUGCAAUGAUUUGAAUGAGAGAGAAGAAAUAGAACAGCUUCUAAAUAAAGUAGAAGAAAAAAUGAAAGAACUCUUUCAUAAAAGUAUCAAAAGGAUAAAACGCUUGCCAGUCAUUAUGAGAGGGGAUGCCAUUGAUAGAUACUGGCCUACAGCAGAUGGGCGAUUGGUGGAAUAUGACAUAGAUGAAGUUAUAUAUGAUGAAGAAUCAGCUUAUCAGAAUAUUAAAAUUUUACACUCAAAACAAUUUGGAAAUAUUCUUAUCCUCAGUGGGGAUGUUAAUCUGGCAGAAAGUGACUUAGCAUAUACAAAAGCUAUAAUGGGCAGUGGAAAGGAAGAUUACACCAACAAAGAAGUGCUCAUUCUUGGAGGUGGUGAUGGAGGAAUAUUGUAUGAAAUUGUCAAAAUGAAACCAAAGAUGGUCACCAUGGUAGAGAUUGACCAAAUGGUGAUUGACGGGUGUCGAAAAUACAUGCGUAAAACAUGUGGAGAUGUCUUGGACAAUCUAAAAGGAGAAUGCUAUCAGGUAUUAAUAGAAGAUUGUAUCCCAGUCCUGAAGAGAUAUGCCAAAGAAGAAAGAAUGUUUGAUUAUGUAAUUAAUGACUUGACAGCUGUUCCAAUCUCUACAUCUCCAGAAGAAGAUUCCACAUGGGAGUUUCUACGAAUGAUUCUGGACCUUUCAAUGAGAGUCUUGAAACCUGAUGGAAAAUAUUUCACCCAGGGAAAUUGUAUCAACCUCACAGAAGCCUUGUCUCUCUAUGAAGAACAGCUUGGCAGAUUAUAUUGUCCUGUGGAAUUCUCAAAAGAAGUUGUAUGUGUUCCCUCAUACAUGGAGCUAUGGGUAUUUUAUACUAUUUGGAAGAAGACUGAUAUUUGAAGGUGAAAACCUGCGCUACACAUGCUGCAUGAAAUCUGUAGGCUUGCCACAUGCUUUGUCUUGGCAUCUUGACUCUUUAAAUUAUAUGCUGUAGAUGAUUUUGAAAAUUAGUCACACUAUCAAUUGAUAAUUCUUUAAUUGUUUUUUAUUAUUUUAAUUUAAAAGCAAAUGCAAAAUGUAUAUUUUGAUGAACUAGUGUGUUAUUUUUGAAAGUCAACUUAGAUGAAUAAGCAACAAAAUUAUAGCUGCUGAAUGCACUGAACCUUUAGAAUGUGAUCAUUUUAUUAUGUUUAUUUUAGAACUUUGAACACCAGUUUUAAAAGUCAAUAUUAGCAUUUAGUGUGAUUCUGUAGAUGUUUUUUCUUCAACAUUCAUCAGUUUAAUAGUCAUGGUGUGACUUAUGCAUUGUCAAAUGAUCACUGUGCUUCCCUGAAAGAAAUUAAGAGAAAUGUUAUUUUUUUAAUAAUACCUUCUAACUCACUGGGACGUUUUACAAUAUGUAAAAAAGUUCAGCAUGAAAAAGUGACACAAAAGCACCAUCAUAAUUUACUAUCAUGAUAGUGUUAAAAUCUAUGAUUUCGCUGCAUAAGAAUUACCAUGAAAAUACUUGACCCUAGUUAUGAACUAGUUUCUUUUUUCAUCACCUGUUUUUCAAUAUAGAAAGAUAUAAAUUGUUAUCUUCCCAUCUACAAAGAGAUUUACAAGUUACUUAAUAAUGGUUUAAUGAUGUACCAUUAUUAGUAACCAUUAUUGUAUGCCACCCAGAGUCGCUUGUUGUGAGAUGGGUGGCCAUAUAAAUGUGAUUGAUUGAAUAAAUAAGUGAAUAUAGCGUUACUGAAUUAACUAGUAUGUAGUGAAAUGUCAAUCAAAAUCAGUCUGUGUAUUUAUUGUAAGUAGGGUAGAAUAGUAGAUCAAACAACUGUUAAAAGCUAUGGAGUGGACUAUUUUUCCAAAUUAAAUAUAAAAAGUUGAAAUAUAUGUAAGAGUUCUUAGUGAUUACAUGCCCUUUUAGCUUUGAUAUUAAUAUUCCUAGAGUGAGAAAUGUACAUUAAAAAUAAACAAUAUGCUUGAAACUCACCCUUUACCAGUUUUAUCUAUGGUAAAUGGGAGAUUAGUUUGUAGGCAUGUCUCAUUUCAUUCAGUUUGUAGGCAUGUCUCAUUUCAUUCAGUGUGAUCUGGACCUAAGACAUUUCUGGUGUACCAUGUCGAACUGAGACAUUUAUGAAUCCUAUAUUUAUAUUUUGUGCCAGUUGAGCCCAGCCAUAUGGAUGGGAUAAAUCUUACUGACCUUAAGCCAUCAAUUAGCACAUAUGCUAUUUGAAUAUGCAUGUGGAAACCUAUUAGAUUAUUGGAUCAAUGUCUCCCCGUAUGCUUCUGCACAUGGUGUGAAAUUAUAUUUUUGUAAACUCUUUGUGUGUUCUGAUUUUUUGUUUGCUCAUUGUGUUGCUAUAAGCAGAUCCUUAAAAUAGUUGAAAAAUAGUUUCUUAUUGUAAUGUUGAUGCAAUAAGAGAGCAAGAGUGAAUUCAAAUGUACCAUUCUUUUUUUCAGUCUUAAAAAUAAUUCAAUAAAAUUAUUUUCUUGUUAAUUAAAGAAGACUGUUUAUAGACUACUUCCCAAAAUACAGUGUGAAGACACUCUUCCCUCCAUUUUUGUGAAAGACCAACACGCUACAUGGAGAAAUUCAGAGAUAAUUUCCUGAGGUAGUUAAGAGAAGAUAGUCUAUUAUAAUCCAUGAUAAUCCUGAUAGGUAUUAAAUUUUAUUAACACUGGAAUUUUCUAUCUUGAAUUUCUCAUAUACCAACAAACUAGACAAUAUAAAGAAAGCUGUAUUACAAUUUCUGAAUUAUGUGUUGAAUAAAGCCACUUAAUAAACUAUGAUAAAGAGCAAA